CCCAUUUGCUCUGAGUCUACCAAAUUGUGCCGUUUCAUAAUCAUGAGAGCGCCAUGUAGUUGAGUCUUGGAAACAACGAACGCUUUGAUGUUUUCUUAAGGCCUUUCCUCUUCUGCGUGUACUCCGAAGUAACAGAGAACACGACGGCCAAAAAAUGAAUGCAAACGUCGCCGUGCUAUUUGCCGUCGUAGUCUCCUUCCUCACCACCGGGGUUUCUCUCCCGUCGUCUCCGGAGAGAUUAAUCAGAUCGGCUUCUUCGUCUUUCCGAUCACAGGACGCGCCCCAAGAGUACGUGGAGAUCACGCGCCCUCUGCCGUCAGAGCAUCUGGCUCCGUCGUGCUCGCACGUGCUCCUCCGCCACUCGUUCGCCAACACCAUCGACGGACCUCCGUUCACCAUCCCGUACUCUCCGCCGUUGGGAUGUACAUCGCCACCUUGGUCCUCCGUCGUACUCGAGCUCUUCGCCGCCUCGAGCGGCGAACAGUACGAUCGCAUCUCCGGCUUAUGGCUCGGCGGCGUGGAGCUCCUCCGUACCAGCACGGCGGAGCCGUCACCGUCGGGGAUCUACUGGAGUGUUCGCAAGGAUGUCACCAGGUACUCCUCGCUCUUCUUGAGAUCCGAUCUCAAUGUCACGAUGAUGCUCGAGAAUAUAGUCAAUGAAGUCUACACUGGUAUUUACCAUAUCAAUGUGACUCUCCACUUCUAUAAAUCCGGUCCCGAUGCGUUUUCGUCUGACUUCGGAUCAAUGAAGAAUAUCAAUAGCAUAUUAGGGUUUACAGGAUCCCGGGAAAGAUACCAGACACCGGCGGAUUCGAUCAUUCCGAUAUGUGACAGUGGAAACAGGGGAUUUUGGUUCAUGAUCGAGAAAUCCACAGAUACACGCUCAAAAAGAAUUCAAGUUCCGACGAACACUCGUCAGAUUGUUUUGGAACUGUACGUCUCAUUUCAUGGAAACGAUGAGUUCUGGUAUUCAAACCCGCCAAAUUCGUACAUCAGAAUGAACAAUCUGACGACAGGGCGCGGAAAUGGUGCCUACCGGGAGGUUUUCGUGAAGAUAGACGGGAGAUACGUAGGUUCUGAGGUCCCAUUUCCGGUCAUCUUUACCGGUGGGAUCAACCCCCUGUUCUGGGAACCUGUUGUGGCUAUCGGCGCGUUCAAUCUCCCUUCUUACGACAUGGAAUUGACCCCAUUCUUAGGGCCACUUCUCGAUGGUAAACCUCACGAAUUUGAGGUUGGCGUGAGGGAUGGGAUUUCGUACUGGCUUGUGGACGCGAAUUUGCACAUCUGGCUGGACCAUGGCUCUCCGAGUGUCGAAACAGGGUCUGUCCUAUACUAUAGCUUGAAUCAGGAAAUGAAGCGACACGAAGAGUUUGAGAAACUGGAUGGAUCGUUCAGGAUCAAAGCAUGGAGGAAGAGCAAAUUCGGUGGAUGGGUAAGAUCAAGCAGAGGUAAUCUGACUACCAUUGUCACAAGCAAGUUCAAAGUCGAAAGCUUGGUGAAGUACGAGAGAGACGGAACUUACAAACGAGUUGAGCAGAGAGUGAAGAGCAAGAGGGUUGUGGAGGUGACGUCUGAAUCAGGCAAUAAGCUUAACCGAGUGGUUCAUAAACGGAAACACCCACUCACAGUAAUCACUUCUACUCUUCCGGGGCUAAACGAGGAUAAGUAUCUACUCGUCACGAAUGUUUCUCACGCCCUGAAACAGACAUAUUCCGACAAAGAAGCCUCGAUCAAAGUUCACAACAGCCAGGAUUCGGAUGGUUGGAUGGAGGUUGAAGAUCACUCUGUCCUGUCCGGCGAAGCAAGCACAAGACAGAGCUUCAGUUUCAUGGAUGAUUCUGGUUGUUUCUCCCAAAUUGUCGCAGCUAUCAAUGGCCAGAUCGCUCAGGACGAUUCAUCCCACUCUUGCAUACAUUCCUCGUUUCUAAAAACGAUGUAAGAUUCAACCGGGGUUCUUGGCAAACCUGGUGUUGUAUAAGAGAGAUGCCUUAUCUUAUAAAUACUACUACACUUGGAUUCAAACAAUGGAAAUGCCUGUUCUCCGAUCA